AAGAGAAAUAACAAAAGGUCCGCAAUACCCCUACAAUGGAUGCAAUUAGAGCGAUUCUCGACAAAUACACUGAGCUUGAGGUCAUAUUUUUCUUAUGCACGUGUAUCAAUGCGUUUGGAAUUCUAACAGCUCUGCUGCUACAGUGUCUAAAGGCGGAAUACGGGAGAUAUUUCAACUCCAAGUCGGAGGCCCGGUGGGGCUGGGGGGUUAAUGCGAAAUUCGCUUGGUUCACACAAGAGACUCCAAUGCUGGCCCUUCCCGUGUACUAUAUGCUGUCGACAGGCCGUUUGGGAUGGAAUCCAAAUUCUGUGUUACUAUCGUUUAUCAUUAUUCAUUAUUUUCGACGGGUGUUCAUUUACAGUUUCCAGCUGAAAGGAGGAAAACCUACUCCAAUUUCCCUGUGGCUUAUGUGUAUUGUAUACACCCUAACCAAUGGAUAUAUACAUGGCCGCUACUUCACAGAGUAUGCUAAAUAUGACAAAAAAUGGCUCUCAGAUCCAAGGUUCUUGUGUGGAACUCUCAUGUUCUUUACUGGGCUUUUUCUUAACAUCCAGUCGGAUAAUAUUCUUACUAGUUUAAGAAAGCCAGGAGAGGUCGGAUAUAAGAUCCCAAGAGGUGGUCUUUUCGAGUAUGUGUCAGGUGCAAACUUUUGCUCUGAGAUUUUAGAGUGGAGCGGCUUUGCACUUGCAAGCUUUAGUUAUCCAGGUUUCACAUAUGCAUUCUUCACCCUAUGCAAUGUUGGACCCAGGGCAAUACAGCAUCACAAGUUUUAUGUGGAAAAGUUUGAGGAUUAUCCAAAGUCUCGCAAGGCCCUAAUACCAUGGUUGCUGUAAUCAAGAGUACACAAAGAAAUCAGUUGUUGUUGAUGUAUUUGAUAUUAGCUGGUAGUAUUACUUCAACAAGCAUAAUAUGUUUUACAGAACAGUAAACAGGUGUUUAUAAGAACCUAGAAUUUUCAAGAUCAGGCUGAUUCGGUUCUUAUAAAACAGGAUACCUUUCAUUUUUUUUAUUUAUUUCUUAUAUACUUACAGUACUAUGCUGAAUUAUAACAGUCUCUAUUUAGAAUGUUUGCUUUAACAGUAACAAUCAAUGCGGAGCACAACAUGUAGCCUAUGUUAUAUUCAAAUUGUUUUUCAAAUAAAAACCUAUUCUUAACCACUAGGCUGAUAAGGUCUCUAUAAGAAGGGUGCUUAUCAAAAUGACACAUUUUAGCCUGUAUAUUCUUAAUCUCUAGGUUCUUAUACACAGGUUUUUACUGUUCAUGUGAUAGAGUGGUUUUUAAAAUCCUGUGCAACAAAAUGUAAUUGUUAAUGUGUAAUACGUGUAAUAAGCCAGAUCAAAGACACUACAGUAUAUUAGUACUAAAUAAACUAAAUAGUAUUUCACAGGUUUUCCAAAACCAUUCUAGUAUUGUUGUAAGUAUUUAUACAAGCAAAAGACUAAAUAAAUCUCUUCUUGAUUUAUUUAUAAUGAAAAACAUAAAAUAAACUUUGAACAUAAACCCA